AUGGAUGUGCGCGCCCUUGACCCGGUCACGAAGAGAGCUUGGGAGGAAGAGCCUGAGCCCAGCAUGCCGUUCGACACCUCAUCGAUGACCGGAGAGGCUUCGUUUCGCCAAUUCACGGAGUUCCUGCAGCGACGAUACUGCACUCUGCGCGCUCUCGGUCAGGUGGCCACCGCCCCCUCAAUCGACUACAUGAGCGGCCGAAGGAAAACGGCUCAACCCAUAGUUCCAAGGACUAUACGAACCCAUGCCACGGGUACGGUUCGCCCUAGAGGAGGGUGCCCAGCUUGCAAGGAGGCACAUUAUGUCGGCCACUGUAUAACCUUCCGGGGACUCGAGCCAGAAGAGCGACGGAAGCUUGUGGCCGCACGAGGCCUCUGCUACAACUGCCUUGGUAGUAGUCACACUGCCAGAAACUGCCCUUCCAACAAUACUUGUCGGAGUUGCGCCGGUGACCACCACACUUUAAUCCACGAGGGCGCUGGAAGAGUACAACGCCAGACAAACGAGGAGUCACAAUCAACCUCACCUCGUGAUGUUCGACCAGCAACACUCCAGGCUGCUGCGACCAGCGCAAAAUCAACUGGAGAGGACGGGACAGCAUGA